CCUCAUCCAACAGGGUCAGAGCUCGAGCGUCGGGGCGCAGCUACCCAGAACCGCUCUGGGUCCAUGCAUCACGUUUCCUGGACGGAGUUCCUGAGGGAGGGCCCGAGCGGAGAGGGGAAGAGCAGCAGGCAUGGGAAAGUUCUCCCCACUUUUUCCGAUUACGGCGGAUCUUUGUAAAGGAGGCAGCGCACUUCAAGCGGCGUCACAUCAGCAGAGCGACUCGGAACCGGCGAGGAGACACAAGCCGCUUUAAGAGAGAGAAAGGAGCAGAGGAUGUCCAGAGCUGACUGGUCCUUCCUGGAACACCUGCUGGAGGAGGGCCAAGAGUACUCAACUGCUAUUGGCCGGAUCUGGCUCACCGUACUCUUCCUGUUUCGCAUUCUGGUACUGGGAACAGCUGCUGAAUCGGCGUGGGAUGACGAGCAAGCCGACUUCGUCUGCAACACGAAGCAGCCCGGCUGCACUUCCGUGUGCUACGACAAAGCCUUCCCCAUAUCCCACUUCCGCUACUUUGUCCUCCAGGUCAUCUUUGUCUCGACUCCUUCCAUCUUCUAUUAUGGAUACGUGGCCAUCAGAGGUGGGAAGGACCCAAAAGCCCAAGAGGGCAAAGGUGAAAGUGGGAGUAAAAAAUGUGAAACUGUGAAAGGAAGGGAGGACGCCAGUGUGACUAAAGAAAUUGCAGAGCAGAAAGAGAAAGAAAACUGUGGUGGGAAAAGGAUAGCGCCUAAAAAGGCAUCUACUGAAGCUCCGAAACUGAAAGGGAGGCUUCUGAGGGCAUAUGCAUUCAGCAUCCUCCUAAAGGUCUUCUUGGAGGCGGGAUUUAUCGCUGGACUUUGGUUCCUUUAUGACGGCUUCUUUAUUGCGGCUAAGUUUGAAUGCACGAGAUUCCCGUGUCCUCAUACGGUGGACUGCUUUGUCUCCCGGCCCACGGAGAAGACCAUCUUCACCGUGUACGCUCAGGUGAUAGCCGGCAUCUCCCUUUUGCUCAACCUGAUUGAACUCAUCCAUCUAUUGAUCCUAGCCUUUUCCUAUCGCCUAGAGAAGUGGGAUGAGGAUUGCCUACUUCUAAGAGAGCAGGUACAAGUAACUCCAGCCCUACGAAUGGAGACGCCCCAGGUUUAUAACACCGGCAGGGACAUCAGCAUCCCCACACAGGGUAGGGAGGCAAAAUUACCGGGCAACCCCUGUGAAAGCUAUGCUGAAACGGUAAUAGAAGUGAACUGGGAUGCAGGAGAGACCGGGGAUAACUUGCUUCCAAGCUACAUGAACUGCAUGAAAUCCACUGGAAAAGCAAGUUCCAAACGAUGCAGUCAUUCAAAACAGUCAGAUCAAACAGGGACGGAUGUGAAAGGUGCCCAUAAGGGACAUGCAAAAAACCAGAAACAAUAUGUUUGACGGUAGCUUCCUUUGGUUUUUGACGUUUCUGCACAUGACACUUAACAAACAGGAGUGCACAGUUUGAAGGAAAGCAGUAUAACAACCACUGCACUGUGAACUCCAUGCCUCAGAGGCACAGACAUUUGCAGGUUGUUUUUUUUUUUGAUAAACAAAUCUAUUCAAAAUGAAGCAUUUUGAGAACACUGCCAAUGGCGAAAUAAAAAUGUGACUCCAUAAUGAGAUUUAAGUCAUAAGAUGCCUUCCUGCUAGGUUUAAUAGCAAAGUGAUGUGGAAAAAACAAGCCGAGGGGUCUGGCAAAGGGAGCUACUAAGUGUUUAUGCAAGGAAAUUUAGAUUUAAACGUACGCUUCUGAGAUUUGCACUGAAACCCCAAGAGUCUUCUGGAACUUUGCUCUCUCCUAAUGGAUUUGUGCUCUCUGUGGAAUGCACUGGUCUCUGGACCCCGCUUGGCUCCCAGAAGGAUAAUUGCGGCGUGGAUGAAGGCACGCAUGCAUGCACGCACACAAUAUGCUUGUCUCCUUUCGCCCAGUGAGUUCCGGUCAAUCAAAAGUUGGAGAUGUGGCCUUGGAAGGCGAGGCGGGGAUGUGGGGAGUGGGAAGAGAAGCCAAAAGAUUGGGAUUUGUGGGAUGGAGCAACAGUAACGGUGACCAUAGCAUUUCAGCUAUGAAGAGACUAGAGGAAGUGGCCGCGCUGCGUGCGAUGGCAUUGAUGUGAACCUACAGCUGGAAACUUCAAUAGGCAAUAGCUGCAGAGCCGUCCAAAAAUACACCUCUUCGCAAUUUGUUGUUUAACAACCACAAAUGUCAAUGUUGGGAUUUUAUUGAUUUGACCAACAUAUAGAAGAAAAAAAAAACGAUGCAGUUUUGAUUACACUGAACACAGCAACCCCAUAGCAAAACAAGGCGGUGGUAGUGUCAUGCUUGCGGAGAUCUUUUUCAGUGUCUUACAGGGUUUUCUCCAGGAUUUCAAUGUGUUUAGCACCAUCUAUUUGUCAGACAAGCACUCCCACAGCAUACGGCUAUAAACACCGUGUUUCAAAAUGUGGUGGUGUGUUCAGGGUAAUAAAAACCACAUAUCCUGUUUGUUAACAUCACAUUUAUGCAUUCUUAUACGUAGGUCUGUCUCAUUUAAUCCCAAUAAAAUACAGUGAAGUUUGAGGAUGCAGAGCAAUACAAUGCCAAAAAGGUUUUUUGCUUUUGUUCUAUGGACCUCAAAUCCAGUAAUUGCCCAUUGAAUGGACAAAAAGCGGUACAGAAAUGUACAAAUUCAGUGAAAGGGAGUGGUUGAAUAUUUGGACAAAUGUAUUUAAAUGUAAUUUUUAUGGUGUUGUAAAGCAAUCCUGGUCAUAAUAUUUAUUAUUGUUUGAAACAAAAAAACAAGAAUUAUUCAUCAUUUUUGAUGUCAGUUCAUAAUAAAGUCUAAGGGACACAAUUUUGUACCAUUUAUUCACUUCUGAAGUUCAAGUUGAUCUUUUUUGUUUAUGCCCCCCCCCCAUCACAUUUUACAGAAUGAGAUUUUUUAUUUGCCAUUGUUUCCUUGUCCAACAAUACACUUUAUGCCAUCCAAGCAUUGUUGCAACGCAGAGAAAAUGAAUCCCUCAUGCCAGCAGGAUAAAUAAUAGAAACAAAGAUAUGGAAGAGUAUUUCACGAUAUCAUCAGUGCAGCUUGCCAAGGAAACCAGUGGAGGGAAAUAACUUUGAUUUAAUGUCUGUUUUCUAAUCAGGGGGUUAUGGCUUCGCAGUGAAAAGAGAGCAUCACUCAUCCGGCACCAUAAGCCUGCACAAGCCGUAGCGGCGCUAUGUGCUCUAUUUAAUUUCCCCUGGAGAAGUCGGGCUGUUAAUGCUUUUUUUUCUUCCUUUCUCAUGUAGAGCAACUGAUAAAACCCAGAGGUCAGCGCCUUCAACAAAAGUUCUUGCUUGGGUUCUGAUACAUUAAGGUGAUAUUUCUUUUCAGCAGUAUAUGGCACCUCCAUUACCAGUGGGCGUGAUGAUAAGCGAUUUUUAUGGCAGGAAAAGGGGUUAAUAGAAAACUUUAAGGGAACCUGGUUUUUGGAACAGCUUCAACUUUAGGAGCGGUCAAAAAAGAAAAAAAACUGGAACAGUGAAAUCAUUUAUUUCCCUGUGGGUUACCAAAAUUUUCUCUUCCAAUAACGAUAGGAAUGAGACGCCUCAACCUUUGGAGGAAUGUGGGGUUUUUUUAAUCACACGCCCUUGUUGGGGACAAAUUUGCACGUACCGCUGAGGCAGCAACGGCUACCGGGUUCAGUCCCUGCCGCGUGUUCGAAAUCUUCUGGCAUUUGCGAGCGGUUCUGUUAUCUCCACUUUCCAUUGUGGGCGCAUGCGUCGGCCUCUGUGUUUUCAGCGAAAAGCCGUAGGGGUCAAGGAACACAUUGCGGAGGGCGACCUGCCGGUGCCAGGCGAAGCCAGCAGCAAAUCUGCAGACGAGCUUUUUGCAUCAUCUGUACUUACAGAUUACAAACCAGAACAAAAUAAUGGGCGCCUUCUAUUCUUUUUCACAGACUAAACAUUCCACUACCGUUCAGUAACUUUCAGGUUGACUGGAGUGACUCUUGGUCUGACAAGUCUAAGAAACUUCAAGACCCACUACGAGUGUCUAGAAAGGGCUUGGUUCCUCCUUCAGAACAAUGGGGCAUUAAUAAAGCUUCACAGCCAUCACUGGUUUGAUUAUCUACUUUGUCUAGACUGUUUCCCCUCAUCAAUGCAAUCGUUCAGGGCAAAAAUGUAUAAGGAGUGCCUUAGAAAAAACUAAUAAAACAGAGACUUCUGCUUGUGUAAAGCUGUGAAAAAUUUACAAACUAAAGUCAACUUUUUCAGCAAAUAUCCAUAAAGUUAUUCCCAGGGAACAUCUGAGUUCAGAUGCCACUGUGACUCUACUUCCUGACAUUGUUGGAGUCACAGUGGAUCCACUUCCUCAAUUUAUCCAACGAAAAUAAAUGAAGCCCAUUUUUUUUCUUUUAAAAAAACAAAUCAGUUCUUGUAAAGUGAAAGGAACAGCAUACCUGGUUUCAUUUCUGAAACACAAAAAGCAAACGCCUGGAGGGCACUUUUACUUAACCUGUGCAAGUCAACAUUUUGUAGAACCACCUUUUCACAGCCGCCACUCAGAACUUUAACGUUCUUUGCAGUAUGUCUCUACCAGGCAGGAUUUCUGCUUGUUCUUUUUGCAAAACGGUAAAAGAUCAAACAGGUUUGAUGGGAAGAGUCUGUUAACAUCAAUUUGAAAGUUACCGGCCAACAAACCACACCAUUGUAACGUUGGCUGUGUUUGUAGCUAUAAAAAAUGGUAACAGAUUUUAAAGCGUUUUAAUUCCCAGGUGAAACAAUGGCUAAGACAAAAACGAAUAUGUGAACACCGACGUAUACCAGCUUACGUUGUUGAGGAGAUUUAUCUAAUAUGCAUUUUCAUGUUUUCCAUGUAAUUAGUCAUAAAUUUAGUGCAAGUGUGUUUGUGUGUCUCUGUGUGUGACAGGAAUCUUUCAUUUUUAACUUUGCUGUCUUUUAAAAAAAAAGGUCCAAAAGAAGGUUCUGGGUUAGAAAAUUAGUCUGUGGCUAGAAAACCUACAGACAAAACAACAGUUGCUUUGUUUUCAACAUGCAACAGUUUAAUGUGCCGUCCUGGAUCAAAUAAGCUUCAACUGAAUUGCGCUGCUUUAAGGUUAAGUAAGGCUUAUUUUAAAGACUUAGGACAUUAUUUAACCAUACUUAAAUUGAACAAAUAAUUCAAGGAAAAAACAUUGGCAUUGAUAUUUGCAGAUGUCCUUUAUUGUUUAUCUUUAAACUUUUUCUUUUCAUUUUUUGUGUUGGUCACUUAAAAUUCCAGUAAUAUACAUUAAUACUUGUGAUAUAGUGAAUCACAAUCUCAAGAAUUUACACAGGGGCAUUGCUGAAACAUAAUGUAUACAACGUUAUAUAGGUGUCAUUAUUCCUACCUGCCAUACAAACUAAAAGUUCUACUCAUUUCUGAAGGCUGUAGUGGUUAGGUAAAAACGCGACCUCGCGAACUCAGGAAGGGCCGACAUGAUUCGACCUCAAAAACUCAAAAUGUUCCUGAUCCGCAAGGACCCAACUGGCCUUCAAAUAGCAGCUGCAGGGUGGACAAGGUCAGGAAAGUUAUGCAAAAUCUGUAUUUUUGGAUCAAGUCGGAGCUUGGGCUCUGUGGCAUUGCAUGGGGCCGCUCUCUAUGAUUUAUUGUUUACGCUGCGCAGAGCUCAUUUGAGGAAAAGGCAAGACGUGUGCCAACUUCUUUUGUUUGCCUUGACAUCCGUUCAAACAACGCACGAGAACGGAUUUGUCCGUAUCCAUAACAAUCUCCCGUCCGCGCACCGUGCCUUCCAUGCAAAAACAAACCGAAAAGGCUGUCGCCGAUAUCUAAAUUUAACUGCUGGGACAGGAAGUGAGUCUGUAUCUGUUUCCUUUUCCAGUAUUGUUGCUCCCUUGGGGCAUUGGUGGUUAGGGAUUGUUUCACAUGACAAUGGUGCUGUGGUGGGUAUCCCGGUAUUAUUUUGCUUUUUGUUCCCCUGUGUAUGCUCACCAAAAGCUGUAGUUGCACUACUUUCUGCUGGUCUGCCCCAGAAUCUCAAUGAAAGACAUUGUUUUUGUUGUUGCACCUUUAGAAAAUGUGAGAAGAUGCAACGGCCAAGGAUACUUUUGCAAGGCGCUGUAGCUUGAAGUGUUAACAUCUGCAAAUAAUUACCGUUUUAAUGUGUAGGAAUAAUUUAUUGCAAAAAGGGAACACUUUAGGGGGGGGAGAGUGGGGAGGCAAAACCUGCGUACCUCGUUUUAAAAUUCAAAGCCGUGUUGCGCCAGUAGACUAUAAUGUGCUUGUAAUUAUGACUCUCGGGCGCAUCUAGGAUCCGAAUAUUCUGCUGGAGCACUUUCAGAUUAGGUAAGCAAUGAUUAAUUUGUAAUACGCUUAAGUGGAAGUGUUCCCCUACCAGCCCUUUUCCUGGUAAACACUAGAAUUACAUCAGUGCUCUUUUUCUGCCAGCCCUAAUUCACACUUGCAUUGUGAAUUAGUUAAA